AUGGAGCUGUACCUCAGCAACUGCUAUAAGGCUGCCGAAGCCGCCGCCACCAAGGCGGCCGCCAGCAGCCUAGCUGCCGACAGGGAGCAGUGCGCCACACUCCUGGGCGGAGUCUCGGUCCGCGGGCCGACGGAAGGGGCGGAGACCUCAUCGGAGGGAGCGGGGAGGCGGCGGCGGAGGUUGGGGGGGAAGGGGCGGGUGCCUGAGGACUCAGCUUCAGGCCGCUUGGCUGGGCUGGUGGGGAGCGCUGCGGGUGGCGAGGACCAGCAUUGGGUGCGGUCCAGACAAACGGGCUCACACAAAAAAACCAUUCCAGAGGUCGGAGCAGCUAAUCUAUUGGAUCUUCCUCUUGGGGUCAAGCUGCCUGUUAUCCCAGGAAGCAACAAUAUAUUCUAUACUACAAAUAUAAGUGAAAAGCUUUAUCAGCCUUCUUAUGACUUUAACCUGACUGAUCCUUAUUGCCGACUUUUGGAGACCAGCUAUAAAAGUCUGCAUGAUCCACAUUUAAAAACAUACUAUAAACGAAAAGAUAUCCUAAGGAGAUUAAAGAAGGAUGGCUACAUCACCAGCAAUAAUAAAGUCAUAUGUACUUUGAAAGAACUGAAUAAAUACAGGCAGUAUCUGACGACUUUAAAAUUAGACUUUGAAAGAAACUAUAUAAAACAACAAAGAGCCUGUGAUAGUUAUGAAAACACACAGUUCCAAGGAUGGCUGUUACAGGAAAGUAGACAAGCAACUCCAGACCAAGAGCUGGUAAUAAAACACAGAUAUUUAGAUAUGAUUAGUAGGGAAUUAGACAAGGUGGAGCACACGGCAGAAAAGCAGAGUGCACUCCGGAUGAAGGAAGAAGAACUACGACAUCAGGACCACAUUAGAAGAAAACUUAGUCUUCGUAGACAAAUUGAAGAGGAAUGGAAGAUGAAAGAAAUGUUACUUUUGACCAAGAUUGGAGAAGAAGUAAAAAGAGAAGCCAGAAUUGAGGAACAACGUCAAAAAGUCAGGGAGGAAGCUCACCGGAAGAAACAAGCACUUUUAGAGAAAAAAAUCGCUCAUCAUUUACAAAAAAUGCAAAGGGAUGACCUUAAGAGAGAAGGACCAGAGGGAAGUAUAAGUGAAAACAAAGGACAAGAUGAAAGAGAAGCUCCUUCUCCAGAGAUAAAGAAAACAAGUGAUAGUACCAGUGGCCAGAAAUUACACCAAGGACAAAAACGACCAGGUCACCGUUCUCAGAGUUUUGUAAAAGUUCCUACCAAAAAACCAUCAGUCUUCUUAUCUUCUCAGCAUGAUGUACAGAAAAACAAAGCAGAACAAAAGGUAGAAAGUUUGCUGAUGGGCGGUGCAGAGAUAGCCAUGCUGCCUCACCCUGUCCCCUUUGUGAACAGGGAUCACUCAUCUGAUGGUGGAAAGUUGGCGGCAGACAUUCAGGGUACAACCUUUGGUCACAGCAUAGAUUGCCUUUGCGGACUUCCAGAUUGUCAUUUUAAGAAUCAAAUCCACGUAACUUCAGAAGAACUGAACAGUAUAAUUCAUAAUAUAAUGAUCUGGGUUGUGGCUGCAGUGACUAGUAUAUUAUACCCAGCCAUCACAAAAUAUGAAGAAAGGUUGCAAAAUAUUGUAUACCCAUUGCCUGAUGAUUCUACCCUCUCUUCAAAUAGUGUGAGUUGCUGCAGCACGUUCAGUGAAAUGCUUCUAUAUGAAGCAAGUAAGGCAUUUCAGGCAGAGGUCUGUGAAGACACAGCUGACAGGUCAGUACAGCAACCAGCAGCACCCAUAAGCCCACCUUCUGCCCACAAAGAAAGAACAGUUACAGGAAAAACUCAUCACAGGAAAAGACAAUGUAAAACCUCUGGACCUAAAAAUAAUGAGACUGCUGGAUCCCCUAAGAUUAAAACCUGCAAAUCUGACAGUCAUCUUUCUGCACCAAUUGAAACAGGCACAAAGGAAUCUGAAGAUGCUACCACUAAAACAGAUGGCUUAGAACACCCACUGUCUACUGAUGAAAAAGCAAAAGUUGUAAAGGAGAUGCAGGAGUUAAAGAAUGUUUUUGAUAACUUCAAACAUCAUCUAAAAGAGGAAACUGAGCUGAUUUUAGAAAAUAUCUUUCAUGAAAUGGUGUCUGAAUUAACCCAAACCAUUCCUAUUCUUUCUUCUGUUAUGGCAAAAACUUUGGAUGACCAAACUGACAUUGACAAAGGAGACUUGAUUUCCAGUGCCAGUAUCUCCUCAGCAGCUGCUGAAAUUAUGGAAAGCAUGCUUGAUAAGUUACAGUCUGUUGUUGAGAAAAAAUGUAUUGAAGUAUUUUCACAAGAAAAUUUUUCAGUUCACUUUAAAUCAGACUUACCAAUCAGUGGAGAACAUUUCAUUUCUCCAGAAGAAAAAACUUCAAAAGCUCCACUGUCUUACACUGUGGAGAACAUGAGUGAUAUUGCAGAGGAUAUGGUUCAUGUGAUUUUAGAAAAGCUGAUGGCUCUUGCAUCUUCUAAGCAAAAUGAACUUGCUCGUCUUGAAAUCACAACUGAACUGGCUUAUCAACAACACAGGGAAGAUCCAAUAUAUGUGUCCCUUCAAAGAGCCUGUAAAAGGAAAUCCAGUGCUGAACCUGAUGCAGCCAGUUUGAAUGGCAGAGAAGAAAUACAAAAUAUUGUGUCAAAUAUUUUUUCCCAGUCCUCUUUGGUUGGUUAUAUACAGGAAGCAAUCAGCACUAUAUUAAAUUAUAUACGAAUUGGACUUAAUGAAAGCCUCAUUGCAUCUAAAGAAACAGUGGUCAUCCUUCAACUACUUGAUGAUAUCUUGGCUCAGCUACAUCAGAAACCAGCAAAGACAGUUGUCCAGAAAAGAAGACACCCUGGCCUAAGUAGUCCUUCUGGUACUGAAGAAGAGCACAGACUCACGAGCACUAGAGUAGCUAAUGAUCCUAGAUAUGGAUGCCUAUUUCCGCCUAUUAAUGUUCCUGGCAUGCUUCUUUAUUCUGAAGAUGAAAAUAAAGAAAUAGACAAGAUUGUGGAAAAUGUGCUGAUUUCAUCUAUCAAAGAUGAAAAAGCAAAAUUACAAGAACAGCUUCCUGAUCACUGGCUAACCAGGAAAAAUGGCGAUUUAAAGUACAAAAGAAAUAUGAACUUACCUACGAAGCCUGCUUCUCAAGGCAAACUAGUAUUUCCUGACUGGGGAUUAAAGACUGACCUUCCAGCUUUUGAUAAUAGGGACCUUUUGAAGGACAAGCCAUGUUUGAAUAAAGACCAUUUGCUUCUUGGCCAACAUGUAAAGCAUCAAAUACAAAAAGCCUCAGAAAAUAUAAUUACAAGUAUUUUAGCAGAGAUUCUCAAAGACAUAUCUUCUGGGCCCUCUGGUCACCUAGAUUAUAAAAAUGAUAAGGAAGCUUCACUUCUUACCUCAGAAAGCCCACAAGAUCUUUCCUCUCAAGACUGGAUGAACCAGAUGUUCUCUGUGUCAGAAAUCCAAAUAAUAGCUCAAGAAGUUGUAGAUGCUGUAUUAAAAAUACUUUACAUAGCUUAUAGUCACAUUAUCCAUCAUUCUUCAUCAGUAGAUGAAACUUCUCUAGGUAAUGCUGACAUACCAAAUAAUGAGCCAUUAGAAAUAUGGUUUGAGAGUAAAAGGAAGAUGAAAUUUUUAUUUUUACUUGGCAUAGACCCUACAAAAGAUCUCUGGUUAGAACCUGAAGAAAGUAGAUCAACACCUGAACCUAUAGUUCACAUUAGUGAUAAGAUCAUCUAUACAAUUUUUAAGAAGCUGAAAUCAUUUAUUUGUCCGAAAUUGCAAAACUGCUUUAAACUAGAAAGCUAUGCUGACCAUUCAAAGCCUGUACCUGACAGGAAACCUUCAUUUCAAUCUCACUUUGGUACUUAUACAACUAAAGUGGUAAAAAUUGUUUUGGAUGCUAUCCAGAAAGAACUGAAAUACAAUAAGAAAAAUGAAAAUUUUGGGAAGAGUGGCUCUCCCAAGCAUUUUAUAGAUACAGGAGUUUUUGCUGACUAUGAAAAGGAAUUAGACUCUGUUGUCACAAGGCUAAAUAAUGACAUUAUGAUAAAUUCAUUAGCAACUUGUAUUUGUGAGUUGUUAAGUGGAAAUACAGGUAAAAGCAAUGUUAUACUCCCUUCAGAUGAGCUAAGGUCUAAAAUCUCACAUGAAACUGCUGACAUUGGUCAACAAUGUCAUUGUCCUCAUAUGCAAGAGAAAGUUGAUAAAUGUACCAGAUUGCAAGUGUUAGAUAGAAUUGGGGAUACCUUAUAUGACAUGUUACAUGAGCUCAUAGGAGACCACCCAUUUUCUCCCCCAUCUGAUGAACAAAAUAGAGAGCAGAUCAACGAGAAUUUGAGGACAACCACUUCACUGCAGUCUAAUAUUCAGCUCAUUUCUCAUACAAUUCUAGAAGAUAUCAUUAGAAAAUUAUGUAGUGUUGAAAUGGAUCACAUUUACACAAAUUCAGAAUGUAUAGCUACCUCAGAGUAUAUUGAUACUGACAGCCUAUCAUUUGCUUUGCUCCUUGAGGAAAUGAGCAGAUGCUCUGACAUAAUCUCCAGUAUGAUGUCCAGUGUGAUCCAGCCAGGUAGCGAAGAGGUGACUAACAACAAGGGAAAGACAACUGCCUCCAAAACAGGGACCACAAAAGUAAAGCAUACAGAUAAACUGGAAGCCAUGGCUUCAGAGAUCUUUGAAAUGGUUUUUGCUAAAUUGAAAUGGUUUGCCAAUAGAAAUUUAGAAACUCUGGGCACUACAGUCAGUGGAAAUAAAAAGAACAAUAAGAGGUACUGGGAAAGUGAAAGUAUCAACAUUUGUACAAACACACAUGAAAGACAAUUGCAGUCUGCUUUGUAUGUGCAUGCAAAGAAAGUAUCAAGUACUAUUUUGAAGGCUAUGCAAACAGAAUUAAAUGUGAGUUUGCCAGAUUUGGAAACAGAUAUGACCAAGCCACUACAGGAGAAAGAAGUGCUUAAGAAUCUGGUCAAUUUAAUUUUAGAUGCAGGGCAUCCAAAUAAGUUUAAUGAAACUGAACCAGAAGAUCAAGGCAUUGAAAAUUACAGAUACAGGCCAACCUGUGGAAAUUUUCUUCCUGGAGGAGCUGACCCAGAGUCUUAUCUAGAAGAUCUUGCAGAUAUAGAGAAAGAAAGCCCUCGAGAGGAAAGACCACCAGAAGAAACUAAAUCAGAAUCUCUUAAGCAAUGGGACCUAGAAAGAACAUUUAAAAAUUUUGAAGUAGAACUCAAAGAACCAGAAAAGUCCCCAGUUGUGCCCAUUAUAAGAAAUAUUUUGAAUGAAAUUUUUCAGGAUGACUUAAUUGAUCAAUUAAGUGUGCUUACUCUCUCCCAAUCCCAUGUAUUGGACACUCCUCAUGCUGGAGGUAAACCAUUUGCUCAAAAAUCAAUUCCAUCUGUGGAUAAAAGAAUGGAUCUUUUAGUGUCUGAAGCAGAUGUAACUGUUGUUGUAGGUAAUGUUGUUAGAACCAUACUUCAAAAACUUUCUUCUGCUGCCAUGACAGACAGAAAUGCAAAUGAAAAUAAAUAUAACACUAUCACCUGCUUGGCAAAUAUCUCUUUUCCUGAACAUGCCAGUGGAGAAAAAUCCUCUGUUCAUUCUACCACACUGGACAGAAAUCCAGGUACAUUUCAGUCCACAUUUGGUAGCAGUAAAAGGACCAAAAUUAACGUAGUUGAAGAUAUUAUACAGUCAGUAUUAACAAAUCUAGAAAUGUUUGCUACUUCCAAAGUAAAAGCUCUCUUUUGUCCUCAUAUCAAUCUCACAGUUCCAAUGGCUUUGCCUCUACAGCAGGAUGAGAUUGCUUUAAGCCAACCAUGGCUAUCAACCAAACAUUCAUAUUCUGAUGAUCAAUGUUCCUCUUGCUCAGGGGAUCAUAACAAGUCUGGAGAGACCACCUCAAUAUGUCACCUGACUGCCUGUAAAUUAAACAGAUAUGCGACAGAAGUGGCUAGACAAAUUUUACAAGGAAUCAAACAAAAGUUAGAUAAAGAAAUGGAAAAUCCAUUCUUAGCUCAUAAUAUUGUGGUUUCUGACAGGAUCCCAAGUCAGACUGUUAACACAGUGUUAAGUAUUACGUCCACUAAAGGUAAAUAUGAAAAAAACAUAUUUGACAGAGCUAUUGAUCUAAGUCGGCCAGAAGAUAUUAUUGAAAGGCUGUUCAAUAAAAGUGAUUAUCGAAAAAAACUUCAACUUCAAAUACUAGAUACCAUUGAAGGUAUCUUAAGUGACAUCUGUGAGAAAGCACUAGAUGAGAAUAAUGUCCUACUUGCAGAAUCCACUCUUAAUAAAUGUAACAUAAGUGGGAAACAUUUAGACGCAAACUCUGAAACAAUCCCCAAGUGUGCAAAUAAGGCUGUUCCAGUGCUUUUAGUUCCUAAGUCUUCUGUUGCUAUGAUUUCCAGUGAUAUGGUGGAUAUUGUUCUUCAAACUCUUACUUCUGCUAUCAUGCUUGGUGUAAAUGCAAAGGAUUCUAUUUUUCCAAAAUUGCCCCUGACGUUUUCUGGUGUAUUUCCCGAAGCAGAACAUCAACAACCUCUUGUUAUGGACCCAAUGAAUGAAAGAGAAAGGGAGAUACUUCCAUUUGCAAGAAGGGGAAGAGAUGUACAGCUGAAAUCAAUCUACUGUGAUGAUAAUCAGACAACUAUAUUUAAAAGACAAGAUGCCAAGAAAUAUGCUUUUGACCCAUGUGAAGAAAAUGCUCGCUUCAUUACUAAAACCAUUUUGAAUAGAUUAAAAUCUUUUGCCACAGAAAGAAUAGAUUUUCUACUUACUCUUUAUACUCAGACUAGAGAAAAACCAUAUGUUGUUGGCCCAGAAUUUACAAAUUAUAAACAAAACUACAGUGUAUUUCUUGAAGCAAACCAAACGCCAUCAGAUGUGAAUAUCCCAAAAGUCUCAACAGCCAGAACUAUUCUUGGUCAAGAGGUAACAGAUUACACAUUUGCUAAUUACAGAGAAAAACACAGACCUGCAAUUCAUAUAUCACAAGGUAGUCUUAGGGAAUAUGCUGAUAUAAUUGCCAGUACCAUUUUGAUGCUUAUAAAAAAUGACAUAGAUUUAGAAAUCCAAAAAAUGUAUUCAUAUCCAAACAAUACUUCAUUCCAAGAAAACAUAAUUGCAAGUGAAACUGUCUACAACAUCUUCAAGAGUUUAUGUGAUAAAAUAUCUUUAAAGGCAAAUAGGUUUUACUCACAGCAGAACCCUAACCUAUUUACACAACUAGCUGUACAAAAUGAAAUAUUGCCUGGUCAAAGAAAGAUGGAAGAUAACAGUGAACUAUCUCUUUUUUCAAAAUACCCACAUCAAAACCAAAUUCUAUCAGAAGCAGAAAACCUGAGAAGGGUUUUGGAAGAGAUAUUUAAAAAUGGAGAAUCUAGACAGGAAAAAACUGCUUUGUUAAGUGUGAUUAAGGAAAUGUUAAAGAAGAUAUAUCAAAGGAUAAUGGAAGACAUAGACCAUUGCCCUCCAUUUAAGGAAGCCCCCCACUUUACAUCUGGUUCUAAAAUUAAAACAUCAACAGCAGCACAAAAGAAAACCUUACAGUCACAUAUAAGCAGUGUUGCAAAUGACAUAGUUGAAAGUGUUUUCAGAAAAAUGUUCUCAAUAGUUACAACAUCCUUAUAUGAAAACAAGGAGACCAAGGGAGAACUGGAAGCAUCUGGCAAUGAUGAAUUACUGAUGAAUCCAUCAUACUUUCAGGACUUGAAACAAGCAGAAAGAAGUGUCCCCCCUGAACAUGUGACACUGCAAGUUUGCCCUUCUACAGGCUUUAGAGGUAUGGCUUCUUCAGAAAACACCUUAUUGCAAACUUCUCCACUGCAAGUGGGUAAAGAAUUGGUCCAAAAGGUUCUCAAAAAGAUCACAAAUUUUGUUUUGCAAAACCUAGAAAACAAUUUGUCCCCUAAAGAUUGCCCUAAUACGACUUUUAAAACACACUCUAAAGCAAAAUCAAAAGUUAUUGUUUUGCCUAAAUUUGGAACAAAACCACACCUAGGACCUAGUGGUGCUAAAGCCAAAAGCAAGACCAAGUUAAGUCCUAGAGUGAAGACUUUUAGAGGCAGUCAGUUCAAUACUGGCAUUGGUCUGCCAUACCUGCUAUCAACAGGGGAUGCUAAAAACUCCUUAGUGAGAAGAAAACUCCCCACUGCAGAACUAAAAAUGUAUGCCAAGGAUAUAGUAAGCAAUAUUCUGGAAACAAUUAUGAAUGAAUUUCAAAAGAUGAGGCAAAAUAGACUAAUGGUAAAUAUAAACACUUUAACUUCUGAUCAAAUCUUGACAGCAAGUAAAUUAGUUAAUGCAGUUUUGCAAGGAUUAUAUGCUACAAAGAACAAAAAUUUGGUCAACCAAACAAAAGGCUCAUACUCCCAUGAUCUCAAACUUUCACAGAUGAAUUUUAGGCCAAUCUCUCUUUCACAUCCAGAAGCCCGUUUCUCUUUGGAGAACGUUUCUUCCCAGCUAGAGAAAGUCUUUCCUAAAGAAGAUAUUUUAAAACAAAUGUUUGGCAAAUGGCAAACAGAAUCAAAUGACAUAGAAAAUGACAAAUAUAAGCUAUUUAUGAUAGCUGAGACUGUUCUGAAUGAAAUUUCAAUGAAAACAAAAGAAUUAGAACAAUCUGUUUCAUUUUUAAAUUUGUCACCUCUUGAGGCUUGUGAAAGUAGGUACCAUAACUUUAAAAGCACUGCUUUUAGAGCUGAAGGUUUUCAAGCACAAAUUAAUAUAUUUGGUCAGGAAAUUGUUAAAAAGCUAUUUGAAAAAUUAGAGGUGUACUUUAUGACUCAGAUGUUCAUAACAGAUGGUGAAGAAAUGCUAGAAAGCAAGAAAGAAACUUCUGCUAGAAAUCAAGGAAGCUCCUUAAGAACAAACAUCCUCAACAGUGUACCAACCUAUAGCACAAAGUUGAAAGACAAAAUAUUUGGGGUCUCUAGCCACCAAAUUGCUCAAGAGAUCAUGGAAGGGGUUCUGAACAUCUUAGAAUCAUUUGCAGACCUACAGUUUAAACAUAUCACUACAUAUGCUUUUUCUGAAAUUGUGAAAAUACCUAUUGAAAACUUUUUUGCUGUCCAACAGAAACCAUUAAUGAAAACAAUAUUACCCAAGUUACAACAACUGAAUAAGUUUCCUGUUGAAUCUAAAUCAAGUAGUAUGAUCUCCCAGGAAAACAUGCAGAAUAGCCUUCGACAGCUUCACUCAUUCCAUUCAGAACUGCUUACUUAUACCGCUAAUAUUGUCAAUGACAUGCUUGAUAUAAUUAAGAACAACCUAGACAAAGAAAAAUGCCAAAUGGAACCAUCUUCAAGUCAGAUCAUCAGCACACUGAUGGACCAGUGUACUCAUUUCUAUGAAUCGAUCAUCAAAAGCCAUCCAAAGGAAAAUCUGCUCCAAGUAGCUGAAAAUGCCAACACUGCCAAUUGUCACAGGUUUGCAACUGGGAUGGGAAUGUACACUUCAAAGUCAAAGGGAGUUAGCUGUGGGGAUGAUCUUCCACAAAUCCCUGGCUUGUAUUUUUAUUCAGAGGAAGAUAGAAAAGUAAAGGACAAGACUUCAGCAAAUCUACCUUCAUAUAUCAGAUACUCUGCAGGUGAUACACCUAAAACCAGAAAGCCAUUGGAAGGGCUCAAAUCAGAACUUAAACCAUUAUAUUCUAGAGGUAAAGCCCAUGGCCUCAUCCAUUUUGAUCAAGCCUUGAAAGGAAACAGCUCUUUCCCAGAAGGCAGUGUCUUACAAAAACCAUCUGAGAAAUCUGGUGACUCUGGGCAAGCAGCACCAGAGCACUCCACAUCCUUCAUAGAAAUGGAAGAAGGUGAAAAUCAAAGAGUUCAUCACUGUGAGUUUCCCAAACCAAUUGUUAAGCUAAACCAAAUACAGAAAACCAUUUCUUCAACCAAAAUAUGUGUAGCUGCAGAAAAUAUUGUCAAUACGAUGCUGUUGAGUUGUAGCCUCUCAGGUCAAACUCCACAAACUAAAGAAAGUAUAGAAAUAAUGAAGCCACUUUUUGUAUCAAGGGAAAAGCCUUUGUCUCUAAUGUCUGGAGAACAAAAGGAUAAUAAAAGCUUGCUUAAAAUAUGGGAAAAAAGAAUCAGCUCUAAAACCAAAGAAGAAAACAAAAGCCUUGUAGCAAGUGGAGACGAUUUCACUUUACUGGAAAAAUGGAAAGAUAAGUACCAAAAGUUAGAGAAAAUAGCACCUCUUGAAGAGGCUGAAGUCAUUGCUUUUGCAGAUCAAGAACUGGGACCACAUGAAAUCCAUCUAGUAGCAAGAUAUGUUACUAUAGCUGUGGUCACACAUUUCAAGAACUUUGAAGCCAGAGGUUCUCUUGAUGAAAAAGUAUCUAUUGUUUCCACACCAAUAAGGAAAAAAUAUGAAUCGAAACAACCUCUAAAAAACAUUAACUAUGAUUCUUCACUUUAUAAAUUUUGUGAACAUCUCACUGAACUGGUUAUUUCCUAUAUAAUUUCAAGCAUUUCUGACUGUACUGAAGAUGGUGGAACAAAGCAGAAAUCACUGGAAAACCAAGAUGCAGCAUUUAGCAAGGUUAUUUUAGUUCAUUCCCAAGUAUUUGCAAGUCAGCCCAUUUUUAUCAGAGGACUUGCUUUAAGCAUUUCUGAAAUCAUUAUUCAAAUACUUUUUCAUAGUGACAUUAUAAAGGCAGACACUACACAACAAGUGGUUUCCAUGAAAACAAAAUAUAUUUACUGCCCAAGAGUAGCUGUGGCUGACUUUGAUGAUCUCUUUCAGGACCUCUUAAUGGGAGUGAUCCAUGUUCUGUCCAAAGAAAUAGGAAUAAAGCAUCAGUCUGACAGCAGAGGAAGAAACAAACUACUCUCCAGGCUUAAAAGCCAUAGUUUGCCCAUUUGCAACAAAACCAAAACUAUGAAAAGACAGACAGGCCCCAAAAGUUGUCAGUCAGUUCCUACUCACCGAAUUAAUCAACUAGCACAGAAAAAUAAACUAAAUCCUCUGGCAUGUAAGUUAGGCACUCUGGUUGGUAGCCUAAAAACUCAUGAAUCCAAGGAGGUAGUCAGUGAAAUUUUCAAUAUUGUUUUCAAUUUGUUUUUGCCAGAUGAGUGCCCAAAUUGGGACAUGGAUUCUGGUAAAAUAUCAAGAAAAAUGUUCCUAUCUUCUAAUAACCAGCAAAGCCUUAGAAUACCUAGAAAUAACGCAGGGCUCUCCCCCAAAUCAGCUUUUCUUCUGAAUGUUGUAUGUGAGAAAUUUAUUAGAAUACUUUUGGAAAAAUGUACAGCCCAAAACUUCCUUACAGAUAGACCUUCUUCUGACGAAAUUUCAGUAGAAGGUCAACUGUUCAACAUACUUCAAAAUGUAGAUGAUUAUUGCAGGGGAACUAUGGACUCUGGCUCACCAUUUGAAGAAUAUGACAUGUCAGACCUUUUGGAAAAUCUGGCAGAAAUAAAUCAAGAAUCUAUGCUUAGUAUCACUUCCCAUAUCUUGGUAAAAUCCUUAAUGGAAAAACUGUCAUGUGGUAUACAUCGACUUCCCAGAAGUCCACUUUUUACAAGCAAGAAUUUAAUGUAUAGUACUAGAGAAAGACUCCCUCGCUUCCCAAAAGGAAAAAGGCCAGAAUUAAAAGAAUCAAGACAGGGUAAACGCUCUGUAAGAUUCAUGAGUUAUGACAGCAAGCCUUUGACAGAACCACUGAAUAAUCCCAGGGUGAUUCAUUCCAAAACACAAGCCCUAUUUGGUAAGCAAUUUUCAGGAAAAUUCCCUCCUCUACCUCCUCUUCAAAGACCAGGUAAAAGGAAAGUGAAUGCAACAGCCAUUCUUAACAUGCAACAUCCAGAAGGCAUGAACACAGGAGUUUUCUCUGCCACAUUUCUGGAGGAAAUAAUUGCAGACAUUUUCCUUAAUCUCUCUACCUCAUUGCAGGGCAAAAAUGUAAACAUCGCUGAAGCUCAGCUCAAUGACAUAAAUAUAUUAUAUGUCAACUCCGUGGUGAAUGAGUUUAACAAUGCGCAAGUCACUGUUUUACGGGAUGUUGAAGAAAGGAUUUGUUUUCCACCAAUUGAUAAAGAAACUGUUAGAAAGAUUGUUGACUCCGUUUAUAGUGAUGUUUCAUGGGAAUACACAUUGCAAGUUACCAGUGGCAAUCAUCUGACACAUGCUACCACCUCAAUAGCAGAACAGAUAACUAAUGGCAUACUGAAAGAGAGUAUGGACUACCAACUCCCAUUGUGCUUUGUAGGAAAGAUCAUGCUUAUUUCAUAUUACCCUCUUAAAGCUGAAAAUAUAUUGCAGAAACUUCAAAACAACCUGAGAGAAUUUAAUUACCAAGGUCAACAUUCGAUGGGCUAUACCACCAUGUUAUCACACUCAUUUCUAGAACAUGUCAUCAGAAAGCUAUUAUUUCAGCUCAUUUCUCCACCCUGCGAGGCUUCAUGCUUGGGAAAGAAGUAUUUAAUGACUUUGGAUUUUAAUGAGAUAUCCACCUGUAUAAUAAAUAAGGUUUUGUUAGUCAUUUCAAAGCAUAGGAUUUGGCUCACUAAGUAUGAUUGUCAACAUCUAUAUACAGAAAAACACCUUCAAAAUAUGGUGGAUUCUGUUUAUAAUAAUGUUUUAUUAAUAUCUGACUCUCUUGUGUCAAUACAGAAAAGUAUAGUAAGCCACAGCCCAGUUAUGCUUGACCAAAUGGCCAGUCUCAUUAUUCAAGAGAUUAUUGACAAUCAUCUUCAACCCUUUUUAUGUGGAGAGAGCUUGCCUUGUUCAGUGACUCCAUUGGAUGAAAUAUCAAAUAUGGUUAAAGAGGUUCUCAGUGAGGUCAUGGAGCCACAUAGACCCCAGAAGCCAUCAUCACUAAGUAUGGACUUUUAUCCAAAUGCAUUUGUAGAAGAUAUUGUUGCCAGAUUAUUAUCAAAGUUCUUUAAUCCAAAAUAUAACACUGAAUGUGAACUCAAUAAAAUGACCCAAAAAGUAGUAAACUUAAUAAAUAACCAUUUUAACAAAGCUAACAUCUGCAUUCUUCGUGAUGACCAGGAACAGUCUGUCCCUACUAUAGAUACAGACACUGUGGAUGAACUCGUCAAUUCAGUUUAUGAGAAUGUUCUGAAACAGCAUGGGCUAGCCCCUGAGGUUGACAAUGAAGAACUCAAAAGCAGUGAUAUUUUUGCAGAAAAUGUUACCAAUUUAAUUGUGUCAGCUAUUUCAGAUUAUCUAUUUCACCCACUGUUUUCUGGGGACUUGUCAGCUUCUUCCUAUGCUACUCUAACAGCAGAGAACAUUAUUCAGAAUAUCUUUAGUGACAGCAGUGAAACUACCAAGCCAAGCCAGCAUCGAUCUCCAUAUAACACCCUGCUGCCAUACACAUUUUUAGAAGACAUAAUUAGAGUAUUGUUAUCUAGAAUCUUUCCUUCUACAUCUAACAUGGUUCCAUACAGUGAAACUCCAAAAGGUGGAUUAGGAAUUAAUUGCAGUGAAAUCUCUUCAAAGCUAAUCAGUGAUAUUAAGAUGAAAAUUGCCCAACAUGAAAUUCGAUUUUCAAAAGAUGAAGAAACUGAAUCUAUUUAUUCAGAGGAUGAUGCUCAGCAUCUCAUUGAUUCUGUAUUCAGAAAUAUCUUGCAAAACUCUGGGUCUAAAGAAGCAGUUGAGCAUGAUAUCACAAGCAGUAACAAUGUUCUUAUUGACAGAAUAGCAGGUUUUAUCAUUAAAGAUAUCUGUCAGCAACAUCUCCAUCCAUUUGUGUAUGGAAAGUCAUUACUUCCUCCAUCAUAUACACAUUUUGAUGAUAUGAGAAAGCAGAAUUUUUUUGCUCGUGUUUAUUCCUCAGCCUUUUUGGAAGAUGUGAUCUCUGGGGUUUUAAGCAAAAUAUUCCAAAGGGUGUUAGGUAUUGUGCAAAUAAACUCAAUAAGAGAUUCAGGAAAAGAACUGUUGGAAAUAGCUGAAAAACUCAUAUAUUUGAUAAUGGAAGAAUUCUCAAAAGCUCAAGUUGGCAUCCUAAAAAAUGCAAGGGAACAAUUGUGUUUGCCACCAGUACACAGAGACGUAGUGAUCGAAAUUAUUGACAUGGCAUAUAGCAAAGUUUUACAAGAAUAUGAACUGGAACCUGAUAAAGGAUUUCUUGAUGAUACAAAAACAUUGGCUGAACGGGUAACUAAAAUUAUCCUGGCUGAAGUUUUUGAUUUCCAAAUUCAUCCAGAUUUCAUAGCAAAGUUGCCUUUUAAAUCAUAUUCAAGACUCAAUGCUGAUGUUUUGAUAAAGAGAGUUCAUUAUGCUAUUAGUAAAUCAAGACUCCGAAGACAGACCUAUACAACCUAUACUACCAUAUUAUCACAUACACAUUUGGAAAAAAUAGUCACUCAGGUUUUAUCUCAGUUAAGUCCCUUGAACUGCAAUGCAGAAGACCCAGACUUUUCGCAGUCAGACUUUAGCAACACAUUUGUGAGGCUGAUUGGUGAAACCAUGUCAAUAAUUUCUAAACAUGCAAUAUGCAUUAUUAAGCAUGGAAAUGAAAAACAAAAUGUGAUUUCAGAGAAAGACAUCCAGGCUAUGGUUGAGGCCAUUUACACUGAUAUUUCUCAUUCAAGUCUAUACCAGUCUAUUACAAAAGAUAAAGAAGGCAUGAAUAAUAUACCUAUUAGAAAAAUAGCAAGUUAUAUAAUAAAAGAAAUAUUUACCCAUCAUCUUGAGUCAUUUUUACCUGGAGAUAAAACUCUUCCUUUAGGUACUGUGGGUCAAACUUAUCAACAGAGAGCAACAGAUCCUAAACAAAGAGAAUUAUUGUUUAUUGUGAAUUCAGCUGUCUUUUUAGAGGAUGUAAUUUCUGAGCUUUUAUGCAGAAUCCUUUAUAUAUUCUCACAUAAUGUCUUGGUCGCUGAAAACCUAUGUAAAGCAAAAGCCAACAUAACUAACAUUGUUACAACAUUAGUAAAAUCAAUUGUGCUGGAAUUCACCACAACAGAAAUUUUAGUUGCAGAUCACUUGGAUGAAAAUCUGUAUUUUUCAGAAGGAUAUAAAGAAAUAGUUAAAAAAACUGUCAGCCUAAUUUAUAAAAAAAUAUUAGAUGAUCAUAAAUCUCUGAUUCAUAUUUAUAGAGCUAUACAAAGUGAUGCUGUUAGUUUUGGGAAAAAAAUAUGUUAUUUGCUAGUAGGAGAAAUUUAUGAUUAUCAAGUUGAGUCAUUAGUUUUGGGAGAAUUAGCAGCUUCUUCCUAUUCCUCCCUCAGAGAUGAGAACAUCAUCAGAAAUGUGCUUGACACCAUCAACAAUGAUAGCCAUGUUUUGCCAUCAUGUUUCACUGUAUUCCCUCGUUCCCUUUUAGAAGAUAUUAGUUACAAGCUUCUAGCACGUAUAUUCCUUUCAUCUGAGACAGAAACUGAACUAAAUGAGAAAGAGGUGCCACCAGAUCAUGAGUUCGUGAAUGCAGCUUCAAAACUGACUGAUGAAAUUAUAACAGAAAUUUCUGAACAUGAAAUUAGACUUGCCACAGCAGAGGAGCAUGUGGAAAGUAUGCAAUUAAGGGCAAAUGAGAACUUUAUUGACUCUAUAUGUAAUAACAUUAUGAAAAAAAUUAAAUUAGGAGAUGAAACACAGAGUGACUCAUGCAAAAAGGGAAACUCAUUCCUCAAGAGAAUAGCUGGUUUUAUUAUGAAAGAGAUUGUGGACCACCAUCUGCAGCCAUUUUUACAUGAAGAAUCACCUCCCUGUGACUUACCCACAAAUGACCAUAUCAUUGAACUCUUAGAACUUGAUAAAGAAAACAAACAGUCCUUCCCACAGGCUUCUGUGUAUUCUGCUACAUUUUUGGAAGACGUCAUAAUUGAACUUGUUCGCAAAUUUUAUACUCUCCCAAGUAUUGCGGAAAACCCUAAAGACAAAGAGAUAUCAGAAAAAGACCUCAUGAGCAUGGCUAUAAAAUUUGCAAAUGCCCUGAUUGGGGAGUUUAGGAAAAGUAAAAUUAAAGUCCUAGCAAAUGCUGGAGAAAUGUUUUCUUUUCCACCAAUAGCUAAAGAGGCAAUCAAUAAAGUAUCUGAUUCUGUGUACAAUGAGGUCAUAGAAACAUGUGGAUCUAACAAUGUUCAGAAAGAUGAUGGAAGUAACAUUGUUAUAGAGAUAAUAGCUUCUUUGGCCAAAAAGGCAAUCUCUGCUUACAAGAUUCAACUACUUUUUUCAGGAGACUGGUCUUCCACCUUCUUUUCAUUUCUAAAUGUGGAUAAUAUCAUCCAAAGAGUUCAACACCUUCCAUAUAAUACAUUUACAAAAAUAAACAAAAGCUUGAAGGAGAACCCAGUUUCUUCACUAAAACAAUUAUCUACACUUACUCCUUUAACCUCAGGCCUGAAAGAUGUAAUGGACACUUUGGAAAUAGGUAGAGGAACACUUCAUGAAAAGGGGAAUUUCAAAAAGAAGGACACAUCUAUGAAAACAGGCAGAAUCCAUGAGCCGAUCUGUACUACUAUAACUAGCAUUAUGAAGGGUGAAUUGACUACCCUAGCAUCAGAGUUAGUUGGAUGUGUGGCAAAUAAAAAGAAAGGGAAUAAAAAGAAAAAGGAAAGUUCAGUUGGAAAAGAUAAUGAGAAGGCAUCAAAAGUUACUUCUCCAACAACUAAUGUGGAAAGUGAAGAUACUCAGGGGCCAGAUUUGAGUAUGGUACUUACAAAGAAUGAAAUCAAGAAGAAAGACAGGUCGGGUAUAAAAGAUGAGAAACAACGAGGUGAUGAGAUGUACCAACAUCUUUCAUCAGCUACUGAUGGUACAAAAACCAAGAAGGUUCUUUUGGAACCAGAUUUAAAAAUAGAUAAAAAGAAGAGUGACAAGAAAAGAGAGGGUGCAUUAGAAAAAGAGGCUAGACCUUCUGAAUUACCAUUUGUGAAAUCCAAGGUGAGAAAUAGAGAGAUCCAGGAGAAGAGGAGAGAUUCUCCUGCUUACAGAUUUACUGAUGACAAACAGAUCUUGCAUCUUAAACAUGUGCAAAAUGUCACUGAAAGCAUUUACAGAAAUGUUUUAGAAAUAUCUUCUUUCCAAGGACCAGUAGAUAAUUCAAAAUCCUCAAAUCCCCUACGUGAUAAAGCAGCAUACGUAACUCAAGCAGAUGGCAAAGAUUUUUCCCAGCCUGCCUUAAAAAAUUCAGCUAAACAAAAUGUUCCUGCAAAAGAGAAAGAGAAUGAGAAAACUAAAGAUACAGAUAUUAAAAGUAAACUUAGUAAACCAGACAGUCCACCAGAAAAUAACCCCAGGUUUUUUCCUGCUAACUUUUUAGAAGAUGUUAUCUGUGAAAUAGUUAAAAAAUUGAUUUUUAAUUCCUCACCAGGUAUAGAUGCUGCAUGUCAAAAUGUAACCAAUAAUGCAAAUCAAGCUGAGCUCUAUGACACGGCUAUGAAACUCAUUGAUUCUCUGUUAAAAGAAUUUUCAGAUGCUCAAAUUAAAGUAUUAAGCCCAGAUCAGGUAGGUCAGUUCCUCCCAUCUUCAGAUAAAGUUUCAUCAGUUCACAAUGUACCUCUCAGGCAAAAAGAACCUUCUGCAGAUAAAGCACCUCCUGAGAAAAAAACAGCACCUGCCACUAAAACACCUUCUUCCGACGAGGCACCUUCUAUGGCUAACACACCAUCAAGCGAUAAAAUGUUGGUCAGUAAGAUUGUUCACUCCUCUAUAUGCAAUAUUUUACAGGAAUAUAGAUCUCAAGACUCCAUUUAUAAGGACAUAAAUAGUAAUGGUGAAAACUUAGUAAGAAAGCUAGCUAAUGCAGUAAUAGAAGAAAUUUUGCAGCAUCAGCUACACUUGCUACUUUAUGAUGAGGUUCCAGCUGCAGCAUGUUUGCCUCUAGAAUCUAAGCAGGUUAUGAAAAAGGUCCAUAAGGUAGUCCAAACAGCAUGCAAAGAAUGUCAAACAUCAUCACCAUAUACCAUAAUGCUACCUUAUGAAUUUUUAGAAAGUAUAAUUUCUUCUCUUCUAUCAAAAAUUUUCUCAACAGUAUCCAAUGCUAAAACAGGAAUAUCUGAAGAUAAUUUGUAUGCAGAAGUGGAUUUCCUUCAAAUGAAGUUAGUAAGUACAAUUAUGGCAGAGAUCUCCAAAGAUAAAGAUAUGAUUGUACAGUACGUAGAAUCCUUACAUCCUAAUGAUGAUGAAAUUAUUCAGUUAGUUGUUCAGACUAUUUAUAAUAAUCUCUUGCCACAAUUUGGAUCUCAAGAGGGCAUACAAAAUUGUGUCGGCAGUGGUUGCAAAAUCCUUUCAGAAACCAUAGUUAAUUUAGUUGUACAGGAAGUGGCUGGCAACCAGUUGCAGAACUAUUUUUCUGGAGAACUAACACCACAUCAAUGUAUAGAAGUUGACAAUGUUGUUGAAAAUAUCCUUAAAAAUGUUAUCCAAACCACUGAAUUUCCCCAGCCUCAGCCAUCAUGGGCUUACAAACUGCCUUUUAACAUAAUAGAAGAGAUUGCUGUAAAUUUUUUGUCAAAGCUUUUAUCUAUGUUUCCAAAAGCAGAUAAGAAACAAAACAAUUCUCUAAAUGCUGAAAUGCAAUCCAUAAUCUCAAAAAUCUUAAAUUCAUUCCAAGAAUAUCUCUCUAAAAGUCAAAUUAUUGUAGUGCCACAGGCCAAAGAAUCACCCACUGUAUCUUUAGCAGACAGUACAACUAUUGAAAAAGUAGCUAAUUCUGUCUAUAACAGUGUUUUAAGGUGCUCUGGUUCCCAUAUUUCAGUGUAUAAAGAUUUAAGAGGUAAGAGCAAUGUUCUAGCUGAUAUAAUAGGAUUUUUAAUGGUGAAGGAAAUUUCCAAUUCAGAAUUUCAUCCUCAAGUAGAAGAAGAAACAUCGAGUUCAGAGUUAGUUCUGGAAGCUGUCAAAAUUAUGGAAAAAGUGGUUAAGAUCAUUGAUGACCUCAAGUUAAAGAAAAAGCUUUCAACCAAAAAAGAUACUGUGGUAGAUGCCAGGUUUUUAGAGGAAACUUUGGCCUUGUUCUUGGCUAAACUAAUAAAUUUGCCAAGUGCCUCAAGCAAAAAUGCUAAAAAAUUAUCAAACUCUGAGGUAAAUAAAAUUGCAUCUUACUUGACAAAAUCUGUGACAGCUGAAAUUUCCAAAAAUAACAUUAGUGUUGUAGCUACUAACCCUGAAGAAACCUUUUUAAAUCCAGAAAGUAUAGAAAUUAUUUCUCAGAUGAUCAAUUCCAUUUAUAAUCAUGUACUACAACAAUCUGGAACGCAUGAACAACUUUAUUAUGACAUGAAAGGUACAAACAAUGCCUUCUUUAAAGAGGUAGCUUCUUUAAUCAUCAGUAAAGUUUCCAACUGUCCAUUAGAAAUAAUUAGCCCACAAGAUUCACAGGCUGAUCUCUUUGGCGAUUUGGAUGUUGGUCGAAUUGUUGAAAAGGUGCAUGAGCAUGCUGUUAAAAGAGGGCCUGAGUUAGAUCAAAAAGAAUUAAAUAAAGAUUUAAGCAAAGAGGAACUUCCAAUUAAAAUAAUUCCUCACUGUGGGAAACAACCAAUCAAUAUAGACCCAGACAUUGUUGCAGAACACCUAGGAGUCAUUUCUAUAAAAACACAAUCUCUUGAGAGACUGCAGAUGGAGUGUUUAACUAGAACUGGACAUAGCAUCGAAGCACUGAGAAGAGUGGCAAUAAGUGGAAGGAGUCAUUCAGUGAACACACCUGAUGCAGGAAAGGGAAAGAAAGAAAGACGUGUCUCAUUGGAUGAGGGGGGAAGACUGAAUAUAAAGCCAUUAGAGACUGCUAGUAGGAAUUCAUUUCAGAAUUUAAUAAAGCCUGACAUCACCAAAGUGGAGCUUUUAAAAGAUGUCCACGGCAAAAAAGAUCUUAUCAUUCGUUUGGUAACUCAUGAUAUUGAUCCAAGAGUUUCAGAAAAUAUAGUAGAAGAGAGCUUAACUUCUGAUGAAGAUGAAGUUGUUUUACAGGAGGUUGUGAAAGAACAACUUCCAGAAAAUCCAUUUGAAGAUCAAGUAAAAGAAGACAUGAAGCCCAUUACAAGCACAGUGGCUUUUACCAAACCACUGAUGAACAAGAGAAAUCUGAAAAAAUUUUUGUCACUAGGAAAAUGUUGUCAUCCCAAAUCCACUGCAACUUCAACAAAUACUGAAGCAUCACCAACUCAACAGAUAGAAUCUGAGGAGACACAACAAAGAACUGUUUCUAAGCCUGUUGUGACUACAUCCAAAUCCUCAACUGGCACGGAUUCUUCCUUUUGGGAAAGAAAGACACAACUAAGUGGAGAAGAAAUGAAAUCUAGUACUGAACCGGUACAUUACUUCUUACAUAGAAUUAUGAGUUCAUCCUCAUACAAUGAAGAGGACCUGCCUUCAUUUUCUAGUGGUGAUGAUGAUCGUCCCUCAGAUCCAAGUGCCAUAGUGUCAGAAGAAAGUCUUGAACAUCCAGAUCUGGAGAGGGCAAGCACUAUUAAGUUUAUCACCCUCUAUCAACGUGAAAGUGGUCUGGAAAGCCUUUAUUCUUCAAAUGAUGGCGUUUCAGAUGCUGAUAAGCCCAGUACUUCCAAACAGGGGUCUGAAAUAGUGAAGAAAGUAUCAUCAGUUCUGUCCAAAGUGUUUUCAAGAUCCAAUGCCAAUGUUUCCAGAUCUUCCGCACCCUCACCCCCUCACCAGGACUGAAGCUGAAACUGCUGC